UCUCUUUCCUUUUACCGAAUCCCAUUUUUUAUCUGUUUCCCUCUGCAGCACAAACUCUUUAUCAUCCAAAUAAAAAACAGUAAAUCCUUUUUUUUUUUAAUUAUUGGACGAAAAUCAAAAAAAAAAACAAGAGGGCCUCUCGCCCUCUUAAUAAAAAGCUUCAUCCUCUCCAAUCUUUUAGAUUUCAUUCUCGUUUUUUUUUACUCUUCUCCCUUUUCUUAAAAUUCGGUAAUCGAAAUAGAUUCUCUCUUAAGUCUUUUCAUGGGUGGGUUUUUGAUUUCUUCUUAAAGCUUGCACCUUUUUGUUGUUUCUGUCAGGAAUCCAGGAUCGUGGGUCGAUCGAUCGGUUCACAGAAUCCGAUCAAGACCCAUCUGUUCAUAUUGCUUUCCACAACGAAUGGAGAUGGAGUCAUCAUGUAAGCUCUUCAUCGGUGGGAUCUCUUGGGAGACCACCGAAGACCGUCUUCGCGAGUAUUUUCAGAGCUUCGGCGAGGUUUUGGAGGCUGUUAUCAUGAAGGAUCGAGCCACUGGUCGUGCUCGUGGCUUCGGUUUCCUUGUCUUCGCUGAUCCUACUGUCGCUGAGAGAGUCGUGUUGAUCCGACACGUCAUUGAUGGUAAAAUUGUUGAGGCCAAGAAGGCAGUUCCAAGAGACGACCACGUAGUAUUAAACAGAAGCAGCAGUAGCCUCCAGGGAUCACCUGGCCCAGCAACCAGCAAAAAGAUCUUUGUUGGAGGCCUCGCUUCAUCGGUGACAGAGGCUGAGUUCAAGAAGUAUUUUGCUCAGUUUGGGACGAUCACUGACGUUGUGGUGAUGUAUGAUCAUAGAACCCAACGUCCCAGAGGCUUUGGGUUCAUCUCUUUUGAAUCAGAGGAGGCUGUAGACAGAGUUUUGCAGAGGACGUUCCACGAACUCAAUGGAAAGAUGGUUGAGGUCAAACUGGCCGUUCCCAAGGAGAUGGCUCUGAACCCAAUCCGGAACCAGAUGAAUGUAAAUAGCUUUGGCAGUAGUAGAAUCAGCGCAUUGCUGAUGAACGAGUACACUCAAGGAUUCAGCCAGAGUCCUAUCUCAGGUUAUGGAGUGCAACCUGAAGUUAGGUACAGUCCAGGAGUAGGUGGUAAUAGGGGAGGAUUCUCACCGUUUGGACAUGGAUUUGGAAUCGAGCUGAAUUUUGAGCCAGGCCACUAUGGAUCUGGUUCCAAUGCAGGCUUUGGACGGCCCUUUAGCCCAGGAUAUGCUGCGAGUCAAGGCAGGUACGGUAGCCAGAUUGAGUCUGGUGUAAGGAACAACUUAUGGGGAAAUGGUGGUGGUCUAGGAGGUUACAUGUCAAACUCUCCGAUAUCUAGGAGCAGCUUUAACGGAAACUCUGGAAUGUCUUCACUAGGCAGCAUUGGGGACAACUGGGGAGGAGCUGCACGUGCACGUAGUGGCUAUCGCAGUGAGGGAGGAGGGUUAGGUUUAGAUGCAAUGAGAGGGGUUCAUGUUGGUGGUUACAGCAGCGGCUCAAGCAGCUUGGAGACAGAAUCUCUGUACAGCGACUCGGCUUGGCUUUCGCCUCCUGCAAAGUCGGAGGAAAGAUUGGGAAUGGGAGCAUUUGACUUCGUGUCUAAAGGACCAGCUGCUGGAUACAUCAACAGGCAACCAAACGGAGGUAUUGCAGCUUAGAGAAGUGUGAGAAGUCUCUACUAUAUGGAGAUUUGCAAGAAUGGCUAUUUGCGGAAUGAGAGUUUUUAGAAGAGGAAAACUUCUCUGUUAAAAAAAAAAAAAAAAAAAACUUCUUUGUUCAAAGAAGCUUAAAGCUUUACUUUCUUUUUUUUUUUUUUUUUACUAUUUUGAUUGUUGUUAUAGUUUUUAUUUUCACCCUUUUCCUAAUUUAGGGGUUGUUUCUUUUAUCUUAAAGAAAAUUAAAAAUGUAAACCGAGUUAUAUAAAGAUACAAAGAAACAAUGAAGUGUAUUAUAUUCUUGUCUUUCUCCCUUUUUAUGUUUGUAAAUAUUUAUAUUGACAUAUAUUGCCUAAAAUGAAGGAAAUUAUAUCAGUCAAUAAAAAUAGGACCAAAGAAAGAAUAUAAAUUUAAUUUUCUUGCUUAAACUAUCAAACAUAUUUGUGGAAUCAAUUUUUUUUUUUUAAUUUACAUAUUAAAUCAAUUUUUUAUGAUUUAAUAAUAUAAGUAAUGAUGUUCUUAUAAAUUUUAUUUACAUAUAAAAAAAUUACAUACAUGAAUUGGGUUUUGCACAAUCGUAUAUUUUUUCAUGUAUUAACAUGAAUGUAUCAUAAAUAAAUAAAUAAAAUUAUGAGAACAGAUUAAAUAUCUUUUCUAAUAAUAUUCAGUUUGUAUCAUUUUAUUAUGAUAUAUAAGAAGUAUCAAUAUAUUUUAAAAUUAAAUUUAUAAAAUAAUAAAUAAUAUAUAUAAGAAAGUAAUAAAUGAUUUUAAAUAGUUUAUAAUUCCGUAAAAACUUAUCCAAUUAAUAUACAAAAAAAUUAUUAGAGUUUAAACCAUUUCAUACUAUAGAACCUCUGGUUGGUGUUACGACGCCGUUUACAGAUGUUGGUCAGGCCUGCCGUCUAUCUAAAAUGGCAGGAAGAUUGUUUGGUGUGGCCUCACGAAUCAUGGGCGGAAACGGCGUCGUUGCUAGAUCUGGCGCCGCUUCUCUCCGCCAACGCGCCGGCAUGGGUCUCCCCGUCGGCAAACACAUCGUCCCCGACAAGCGGCUUUCGGUUAACGACGAGCUGAUGUGGGACAACGGGACUGCGUUCCCAGAACCUUGCAUAGAUCGAAUUGCUGACACUGUUGGGAAGUACGAAGCAUUGGGAUGGUUGUGUGGUGGUCUAGGGUUCUUUGCGACUCUAGGUCUCCUCGCUGUUGUGAACGAUAAAGCUUCAAAGGUUCCCUUUAGUUAUUAGGAACACUUGAAAGAAUGUUCUUGGGAACUCUCUGUUACAUGCUUAAGCUUAAGCCACUAGCUAGAGGUGUGUCAAGAGCUAAAAUUUAUGAGUUACACUUUUCUCUUUGUAGCCACUAGCCAAGAAUCAUAGACGUGUUGUAUCAAAGGAAGGCUUGAUCAUGAUGAAUCCUUGUUUUUCCAAGGAUUUUGAGUGUUCGUGUCUUUUUUUUUCUUUCCCAUUGUGGUGUCUGAGUGUGAUUUUGGAGUUAUAGAAGUUGAACAAUCAUAGACGUUGUGUCAAAAGCUAUACUAUGAUGAUUAGUCUUGUUUUGAAGGACUUCGAGUUAUAGAAGUUGAACAUCAGGCUAUAGGGCUCAGAAGAUGAUGAUCUUUGUCUUCUUGUCUUUAUUCAUGACAUGAAUUGUUGCUGUUGUCAUCUCUCUGCACGUGUAUUUAUUUGUUUUACCACUUGUGGUACUUGUUCAUGAUUAUCUCUUGUAUCCGUAUGACAACCUGAGAGUGCAGCUUGGAGGAGAGCCAUAGAGACACUAUCAAGUGAUCUGCUCAUCUAAACUCUAAGCGUGUUUUCUUCACUGCUUUCUUCUUCAAAAUGUUUUCAUUUCCUGCUCACAACUUGGUGACAAAAGAAUAAAAUAUACCCUUUUUAUUGUCUGUUGUCUCUGUAAUUAACAGUGACCUUUUGGGUGUAUUCAUAAGAGAAGACAUGUACUUUUCAGCCAA